GAGUGCUGGCUCAGGGUACCGCCCACCGACGUAUCUGUGAUCGCAGGGCACACGGGCACAGAGUGUAAAAUGGCGCACAGCUGUCGGUGGCGCUUCCCCGCUCGGCCCGGAGGGAGCAGCAACUCCGGCACCGGGAGGAAAGCGGGCCGGAUAAGGGUCACUGCCUCGCUGCAGAACGUCCCAGGAGCCCACCCGCACGCCGCUGGCCUCGGACCCGGGUUUGAUGCUGCACUACAGGUCUCUUCGGUCAUCGGGAUCAACCUGCAGACAUUUCGGGAUGUUUUGGGGGAAUCGAGUGAUUCGAGCAGCGCGGAGGAAGAUGUUUUUGGAGGAUUUGGAUCAAGCACUGAGCAAAACCGAAUACCAAGUCCAUCAACACCCACUUCAGCAGGCCUACCCAUACAAGAGAGGAAGCCAAGAGGACGUCCACCGCGUGCCCUCACUGUCCAAAAAACUGCUGCUGCAGGUCGACUUUCCCCCUCUUCCUUCCUCUCCCCCACACAGGCCAAACCUGAAGGUUCUGAAAGACCAGCCGAGAAGGUUAAAAGGCUGCCCGGAAGGCCACCCGGCACAGGGGAAAAGCGAAGAGGCCGUCCCCCAUCUUCAUGUUCCAAGAAAGCUUGGACUACCGGUAGCCAUGCGGCAGCAGAGGAUGGUAGACAAGCUGGUUCGGAGUCGAGCUUGGACAACGGAGAGGACAGAGACAGAAAAGGUGCAAAGAGACCACCACUGGGCUCUGCUCAGCCGCAUGAUGCCAAUCCACCCCAAGGUGGGCGGGGUGAAUCUAAAGUUCCCAACUUGAAGAGAGCAACUUCACUGACAUCGUUCAAGUCCCGGCUCAAGACUUUGCCUGGCGUGCCUCGACGUAGGCGCGGACGUCCACCCUCAGCGGAGCGUCUCAAAGCUGAGGCGGUGGCGGCUCAGCUGUCUACCUCCACCGAAUGUGGGGAAGGAAAACAUAAAGCCUUGAAGGGAGGGGACAGAGGCGCAGAACCACUGCAUCCCAUGUUGACUCAUGUGAAUACUGGGAUAGACCAGGACUCUUGCAAUCUUCCCUCCUCGCCAUCCGCUUCUUUACCGGACGGGGCGGUAGGACUCAGAAAAAGCCCUCGACACAGGAAGCCUGUCAGGAUUGUCCCGCCAUCUAAACGCACUGACGCCACCAUCGCUAAGCAGCUUCUGCAGCGUGCUAAGAAAGGAGCGCAGAAACGAAUGGAGAAGGAAGCUGUGGUCGGUGGGACGGGCGCCUUUGAGGCCGGCAUUAGGAAGACGCAGCUGAAGAACAUCAGGCAGUUCAUCAUGCCUGUGGUCAGCACCGUCUCGCUUCGUAUCAUCAAAACCCCAAAGCGCUUCAUUGAAGACGAAGGCAACUUCUUGUCCCCCGCCCCCCAUAUGAAGAUCGCACGGUUGGAGGCGCCAAGCUCAUCAGUUUCCACAUCCACCCAACCCACCUCCACCAUCUCUUCCUCCCCCUCGCCGGCGGUGGCCUCCACCACAGCGGCCACCGCCAGCACCACUACUACUGCACCAAUGGACUCCCUCCCUCCUCCUCCUCUUCCCUCUCCUCCUCUUCCUCCUCCUCCUCCACCUCCUCCACCUCCACCUCCUCCAUCAUCAACACCCGCACCUGCCGCUCCAUCAACAACUGACGGUCUGCUCAAUAGCAAUACCGACAACGCGGCCAACGGGCGAUUCAGUAGUAGCGCUGCUUCUUGCGGAUCAAGUGCCGUGUCACAGCAUUCGUCACAGCUGUCCUCUGCCGAGUCUUCCAGAUCCAGCAGCCCCACUUUGGACGACUCCUCGUGCGACUCUCAGGCUUCCGAGGCCACGCAAGUAUUAUCAGAACCUGAGGAACACUCUCCAUGCCCGCAGGGAGACAGGGAGCCGAACCUGUUGCACAACACUCAGCCUCCCUCGCCAGCCUCGGAGCCAGAGCGCGUUUUACCCAAGAGGAAUCGGCAUGGCCGAAGAGGGCAGGGGGUGAAACGCGGGACUCGAGGCCAGACUACGCGGGAGACGCUCACCACCAGUGCAAAAAAGCCAAUCAUCUGCCCACCCACUGGAGUACUGAUGUCCUCCUCCGCACUUCUAAACUCACAACAGGUGUCAUCUACGGCGUCCUCUUCUUCCUCUCCCCCACCUCCUCCUCUACUCACGCCACCGCAGCCUCCCCAGUCAGCCUCGGCUAAUACAGCUGCUAUGAGUGAGCACCACUCUCAGUCACCCUGGUUGCCACACUCCAUCCCUCCGUUCAUGUCUGGCUCAUCAGUGCUAUCCAACAUGUCGGACAAAAGGAGCCGCUCCAUUCUGAGAGAACCUACCUUCCGCUGGACGUCCCUGUCUCACCCUGAAUACCAGUACUUCUCCUCUGCCAAGUACGCCAAGGAAGGCCUCAUUCGGAAACCAAUUUUUGACAACUUCCGUCCUCCCCCUCUCACCGCUCAAGACGUUGGCCUGAUGCCUCAAGGUGUCAGCGGAGUAGGCGGCGCUUCUCCGGGUGCUUUCCCGGCACAAGGUGGCGGAUCAGGAACCGCUACCCGCCUGUUUGCCCCUCACCAUCCUCACAGCCACCACCAGCAUCCCUCCUCAUCCCGCUUUGAUGCACCUCUCCAGAAGCGUAGCCCGCUCUUGCGCGCCCCACGUUUUACAGCCAGUGAAGCCCACUAUAGGAUAUUCGAGUCGGUAACGCUGCACUCAUCCUCUGGCAGCAGCCCGGGUUCGCUUUCCGCCCACCAGAAGUCGUCGAGCUCCAGCCGAAGCUCACGGCAUAGGAGGCGACAGAUAUCGGGACUAUUACGUGGCCAAACGCGAUCUCCUUCCCACUCGAUGACCAGGCGCAGCAGUCAAAUCGGGGGCCAGAUGUCUGUUGGGAGAGUAUCCUCUGUGUCGGCGCUGUCUGACUCGGUCUCCUGUAGUGACCCUGGUUCCUUGCCGGGGGGCUCUGCCACUCUACUGGCUACUAGUGCCUUAACUUCUUCUCCUUUUGGCAAUUUCUCCGUUCCCAUGGGUCUGGCCUCACCGGGGAUACCUGACAGCAAGAGAGGGCAAGCUGGAAACCUGCCACCUCCUUUAUCAAAUACAUCCUCUGCAGUUCCGCCACUUUUCCCCCUCUUUCCUGCCAGUGACCAGGACACCGGACGAGGAUCUGGAAAAGCGAGUAAGGAGAAAAGCAUGCCAGCUCCCCAGGAGCCUGCUCCAAAGGACAAAGAAAGAGAUGCUGAGAAACACAGAGAGAAGGAAAAUAAAAAGGAAGGGAGGAAGGAUGUGGAGAAGAGGAGUAAGGUUACUACUCCAGAUGGCUCCUCUAUUGUGCCCUCCAGCCUCUUUAUAGAUGGGAGGGACCCAGAAGAGGCUCUUUUAUCUCUUGCUGCAAAAAAGGCUCCGGGGAGACGAAAAUCAAUGCCAGUUGAGGCGGUAACAGACACCGCAUCCGCUGAGGUGCAUGGUCUCCAUGCUCCUACUCCCAAUUCCAUCGCUAAGGAACGUUUGCCGAAAAAAGUGAGAUCCAGCGAGAAGGGAGCAGAUGUGGAGGACGGUGAAACGGAGGAAGAGAAUCAAAGUUCUCCCAGCCAGCAGGCGGACAGCCUUCCGGGGCAGCCAAGCAAACAUCUCCCGGUCUCCUCGCUUGGAUCAGUGUUGGAACAAGCGGAGAAACAACCUGCGGCCGACAAACGGGUUGUUGGACUUCUAAGAAAGGCCAAAGCCCAGCUCUUUGAGAUAAAGAAGAGCAAGCUAAAGCCUGCGGACCAAACCAAGGUCCAGAGUCAAGAGAGCGACUCUUCUGAGACCUCCGUUCACAGUCCACGCAUCAAGCAUGUGUGCCGUCGCGCAGCUGUGGCUCUUGGCCGCAAUCGUGCGGUGUUCCCUGAUGACAUGCCCACACUUAGUGCCUUGCCCUGGGAGGAGAGGGAGAAGAUCCUGUCUUCAAUGGGGAAUGAUGAUAAGUCAUCAGUAGCAGGCUCGGAGGAGGCGGAGCCUCAAUCCCCACCCAUAAAGCCACGGGAGACCCGGCAAAAGGCUGUUCAAGAAGCGCCUCCCAAAAAGGGUCGGCGCUCACGACGCUGCGGCCAGUGUUCAGGUUGUCAGGUUCCUGAAGAUUGUGGGGUCUGUACUAACUGUCUUGACAAACCCAAGUUUGGGGGGCGGAACAUCAAAAAGCAGUGUUGCAAGAUGAGAAAGUGUCAGAACUUGCAAUGGAUGCCCUCAAAGCUGUUUCUUCAGAGGCAGGGCAAAGGUAAGAAGGACAAGAAGAGGAACAGGUUGGCUGAGAAAAAGGAGGGUCUCAAUCCAGUUAAAGGACAGAACUCGGAGUCUGGCACCAAGCCUGCUAUGGCGCCACCAAAGGAGGAUCCUGCGCACAAAAAGAGUGAAAUGCCCCCUCCCAACUCAAGCGAGGGAAAGUCGAAACCUGUUUCACCACUGCAACUAUCCUCUCCAGCUCGGUCAUGUUCUCCAUCCCCGGAUGAAUCCCCGCAAACCGCCAACCCACUCGCAGCCCAGGCACGGUCUCCUAACUCCAAGCAGCCCUCUGUCUCGAGCAGCAAGAAGGGGCAAAAAGCGCAGCUGCCCGCCUCGUCAUCCUCCUCCUCUUCCUCUUCACCCUCCUCAUCCAGCUCGUCGUCCUCAUCAUCCUCCUCCUCUUCUUCCUCCUCGUCCUCAGCUCAGAAUUCCCCCGCCCCUUCCCCAUCCAUGCCAUCUCAUCCUCAGCCUUCCCAACCGCCACAGGGGCCACCCAGCGGUCAGGCACCCACAAGGAAAGACAACUCACCCAAGAUUCCAUUAAGCGAACCCAAGAAGAAGACUCAGCAGCAAUCACCGCAACAGCAGAGCUUGACAACAGCAGCGUCAGAUACAAAUGACCCAAAGCAGCCAAAGAAGCCAGUUUCUCGCCCUGUUCUUCCAUCUCCUAAACAGAAACCAAAAGACAAGACGCUGACCACUCAAUCCCCCGGCAGCUGUACUUUAAACUGGCUGGGCACUCCCUCGACUAGGGGCCAGGUGAAGUCCGUGGCGCCCUGCGACGGAGUGCAUCGAAUCAGAGUUGAUUUCAAGAGGAACCAUGAUGUGGAGAAGGUGUGGGAGGCGGGUGGCCUCAGCCAACUCACCUCUGUACCUGUCACACCCAGGGUGCUCUGCUUCUUAUGUGCGAGCAGCGGCAAUGUUGAGUUUGUUUUCUGCCAGGUUUGCUGUGAACCGUUCCAUCUCUUUUGCCUGGGAGAGUCUGAGCGUCCUCUCCAGGAGCAGUUUGAAAACUGGUGUUGUCGCAGAUGUCGCUUCUGCCAGGCCUGCGGGCGCCAGCACCAGAAAGCUAAACAGCAGCUGCUGGAGUGUGAUAAGUGCCAUAACACCUAUCACCCGGAGUGCCUGGGUCCUAACCACCCUGCAAGACCCACCAAAAAGAAAAAAGUCUGGAUUUGCACCAAUUGUGUGUGCUGUAAGCGUUGUGGAGCCACCAAACCCGGGAAGUCCUGGGAUGCCCAGUGGUCACAUGACUUUUCCAUGUGUCACGACUGUGCCAAACUGCUCGCUAAAGGGAACCCUUGCUCACUUUGCAAUAAGUGCUUCAAUGAUGAGGACCACGACAGCAAGACAAUGCAGUGUGGACGCUGCAACCGUUGGGCCCAUGCCAAGUGUGAGAGUCUGACAGAUGAAAUGUAUGAGCUGCUGUCAAAGCUGCCGGAGAGUGUUGCCUAUACGUGUACCAAAUGUUCAGACUGUCAUCCGGCUAAGUGGCGGACGGCGCUGGAAGGAGAGCUCCAGGCUCGCCUUCGCCACAUCCUCACUGCACUGCUCAACUCGCGUACCUCUGCUCACCUACUCCACUACAGACAGGUGGUGAAACCUCCAGAGCUGAACCCGGAGACUGAAGAGAGCCUUCCAUCUCGUCGCUCCCCUGAGGGCCCAGACCCUCCAGUCCUGACCGAAGCCUUCCCUGCAGCUCCGAGCGAUUCCCCUGCAGACCUGGAGUCUGUGGAGAAGAAAAUGGAUAAGGGCAUCUAUAAAUCUGUGGUGGCAUUCAGUGACGAUGUCGCACGAAUCAUUCAGACCGCAAUCAACAGUGAUGGCGGUCAGCCGGAGAGCAGGAAGGCCAACAGCAUGGUCAAGUCUUACUUCAUUCGGCAAAUGGACCGAAACUUUCCCUGGUUCAAAGCUAAAGAUUCCCACUUCUGGGAAAGACCAAAAGUCUGCGCCAACAGUGGUCUCCUUCCCAAUGCUGUUUUGCCCCCAUCCCUGGACCACAACUACGCCCAGUGGCAGGAGAGACUGGAGCUGUCCCGCUCCGAGCACCCCCACCUCAUCAAAAACAUAAUUCCAGCCCCCUGCCCCAAGAUCCCUGCUGAAGCAGACCCUCGAGCAACCACUCCCCCACACCCUCCAUCUCUACCACCACUACCUCCCGCUGUACCAGAUUUUGAAGACAGCCCAGAAUUACCUCUUCCACCAGGUCUUAGUGAUAACAGGCAAUGUGCACUGUGUCUGAAAUACGGAGAUGAGAACACAAACGAGGGUGGCAGGUUGCUGUACAUUGGACAGAAUGAGUGGACACAUGUGAAUUGUGCACUGUGGUCAGCGGAGGUGUUUGAGGACGAUGACGGCUUCCUGAAAAACGUACACAUAGCUCUUCUCAGGGGAAAGCAGCUGUGCUGUGAGGUGUGUCAAAAGCCAGGAGCCACAGUCGGUUGCUGCUUCACCUCCUGCACCAGUAACUACCACUUUAUGUGUGCCCGCCAGGGCAAUUGCGUCUUUCUGGAAGACAAGAAAGUGUAUUGUUCCAAACACAAGGACCUAAUUAAGGGAGAAGUGGUGUCUGGCUUUGAGGUGACCCGCAGGGUGCUCGUUGAUCUGGACGGAAUCACUGUAAAGAGGAAAUGGUUGGCAGGACUGGAGCCUGAAAAUGUCCAUAUGAUGAUAGGCUCGAUGACCAUUGACUGUUUGGGCAUACUGACUGAACUUUCAGACUGUGAACGCAAACUCUUUCCCAUCGGAUACCAAUGUUCUAGGGUAUACUGGAGUACUUUGGAUGCACGAAAGCGCUGCGUGUACACCUGCAGGAUCCUGGUUUGUCAACCCCCUGUGGGAGGCUCUGAAUUUAAAAGCACGGUGCCUCCUGAGGAAAACCUCACGAUAGCACAUAGCCCUCGCCCCGUACAAGAGUUUCCUGAUCCAUUCGAGUCCCCGAGACGCGUAGAAACUCUGUCCCCUGCAAAGACCCCGAAGCUCAGAGUCUACACCAGAAACCGACAACCAAGCUACCCACCUGUCACCCAGAAUUCGCAAGGCCCAAGUCCAUUGUCUUCUCCAGGAGUGGUCGCUCAACCCCAGAGUCAAGUCACUGAGUCACCACUGGACCCUGUCGCAUGUAAUAUUGAGUCACGACGUCACAGCGCUCCUUCUCUUCCGCCUCCUCCACACCAAAUGCAUAAAGAAAGAGGGGUGAAAUCUCCAACUCACAUUUUGCCACGGCCUUUUACUUCACCACCUCCACUUAUCUCAUCACCCGCCAGAGACCCCGAAAAGGGUAAACGCCUCAGCAAGGACUCAAUCCAGAGGGGCAAGGAAACGGCAAGACUGUUCAUGCCAGGCAAGAAUCGACCGCAAUCUUCCACACAUCAAGGAGUGAGAAAUACAGACAAAAUUAGGAGUUUGAGUCAAGGUCAAGCCACCAAGGAUCCUGAAAGGAACAGAUUAAGCGACCUCAGGCAAAAGGAUCCUGAUACUGGUGAAUUAGUAACCAAAGAGCAAGAAAAGCGGAAACCGGCUCUGAAAGAAUUGGACAGGGCAGGAAUUGUCGAUAAAGACACAAUGAGAGAUUCGGAGAAGAGGCGAAAAGUAAACAGAGAGUCCGACAAAGCCAAACAGGUCAAUCCAGAGCCAAACAACAGAGAUGUUGAGAAAAGCAAAUCAUCCUUAAGAGAUUCUAGCUCAAAGGAUAUUGAGAAAGCAAGAGCCAUCGACAGGGAUUCAGCGCCAAGGGACUCUGAAAAGAUUCGACAAUUUAGCAGAGAAGCAGGAAAAGACAGACCAUCCAGCAGAGAUUCUGAAAAGGGUCGACCUCACUCAAGGGACUCCAGUUAUAGAAGCACAGAGCGAAGCAAAGACUUGGGGAAAGAGAGUGACCCCGGCAAUCAUUCUAAACAUGGUGGAGGUGAAAGUAAGAACCCCAGGCUGGCACCUGGCAGCUCGGGCCAGUCUUCUCCUCCUGUGGGCACUGCUGUACUCUCCAGCCAUCAGCAGAGAGGGGGCAGCACAAAGCAGGCUCACAAACACGGGAAACAUAGAAACAAAGACCAAAAUAUCUGUUUGGCUCUUCACAAGUCCGCUUCUCACAUCAUUCAGUCCAAGGACAAGACCAACUCGGAGAAAGGCAGCAGCGCUAGCGCUGGAAGCUUAACGCCAUCUUCCCUCUUUAAUGACACAGUUGUUGGAAAAUCAAGCUCUCCAACUCUUGCACGAAAAUCAAAUGAUUAUUCGUCAGGUCCAGCUGCUGGAGUGGCCAUGAAACCUGUUUGGACAUCAAGGACACCAGGAGAUGAUGACCUCGUCAAACGGAGCUCCAUACACACGGCAGCCCCGGCUGCAGCCUCAGCCGCCAAAGAAAAACACUCCAAAGUCAAAGUGGCGGCGGGCAAGCGAGACUUGUCCAAAGACCGAGACCGAGAGAAGCAUCUCCAAAACAGCAGAAACGACAGCAAAUCCUCUCUCUUAAACAAUAAUACUAAAGCCGCUGGCAGCUCCGACACGCAUGUUAUGAAUCACACCUCUCACAACAACAAGAAGAGUCAAAUUCAGCUGCUCGGAAGCAGCACGAAAUCCCAUGGCAAACUUCAGGGGGAGAACCCGCAGAACCCAGGAAGCGAAAGGUCUUCUUCCAAGGGCAAAGCCAAUUUCAGCUGCAGUGUGGACAAUAUGCAAGGGAUGAAAAUGUCCUUUCAGUGCCACAUCAAACCAACAAUGAAACAGUUAGUUUUGUCUUCGAGAGAGAAGAAACCCGUAAAAAAAACAGUUUUAAUUCCGCCGAAGCCCGACAUUAAGACCAACCCCAACGGCACAAGCAACGUCGACUCCUCCUGUCCCACGACCACUACCUCUUCUGUUUCCCCUGCUGGCCAGGGAAUCCGUCACUGCGCCCGCCCUACUCUCUUCUCCUCACCUUCCGCCAGCAGCACCGACAGCUCAGAAUCUGACGCCCAGACCCAAACGGAGGAGGAGGACUCACACAAAGACCGCGCAUGCACUGAGCUCCGAGACCACCACAGCCUCCUCACUCAAAAAAUGCAAGAUGAAGUGGAAGGCCCUGAUGAUGAUCAUGACAGAGGUGUGGACGAUACACAUCAUGAAGAUGACAGCGACGGUUCAGGUUCGGCCAAGCGGCGUUACCCUCGUCGUAGCGCCCGUGCUCGCGCUAACAUGUUCUUUGGACUCACCCCCUUUUAUGGGGUCCGCUCUUACGGGGAAGAGGACCUUCCGUUCUACGGGAGUGGGGAUGGAUCUGGGUCCAUGUUCAAAAGGAGGACUGGCAGCAAGAAGUCAGCCGAGGGGCAGGUGGACGGAGCAGAUGAUAUCAGCACCUCCUCUUCAUCAGGGGACAGUGGAGAUGAAGAGGACAGUGGAAUGAACCAGAGAGUCAAGGAUCCUUAUUACUACAACUUCACGCGGACAAUAAUCAACCCGGGUGACGGCCUGCCUUCAAUAGAGGGACUCGAUCAGUGUUUGGGUCGUGGUUCCCAGCUCCAACGCUUUCUAAAAGAUGAAGAACAGCAGCAGCAGAGGGCGCAAGAAAAAACGGAGGACAAUAUGCUCAAUGCACUGACUUUGGGUAAGCAGCACAUUGGUCAGCUUGAUGGCAUUGAUGACGGCUCAGAAAGCGACACGAGCAUCUGUACCACGAGCACCACCACUACGACGGCCACCUCGGCUUCCAAGCUGCAAAAGAGCACUCCGAGAAGAAGGGGCAGAGACAGGCACCAGGGGAAACUGGAAUCUCACGAGUCUGCCAAGGGUGCGCACACCAGCGGCGGAGGAAGUGGAACGUUGAGCGUAAACGCUCGAGAAGGCCGAAAAGGACCGAAAGAGAACAGCCUCUCUUUAGGCGGCGUGGUCAAGUCGCAGUCACAAAGUCAGGGCCAGGAUCCUCUUGAUGCUCAGCUCUCCAUCAACACAGACCUUCAUAAAUCAGACUCUGACAACAACAACAGUGACGACUGCGGUAACAUUUUGCCAUCAGACAUUAUGGAGUUUGUUCUGAACAUACCUUCCAUGUCAAUGCAGGCUCUGGGUCAGCAGCCAGAGACUUCCUCCUCCGAGCUGCUGCUAGAUGAGGGCUAUGUCGGGGUUGACGUCAACCGGCGGAAAGAUAUUCUGUUUGAUGACUUCUCCGAGCCACUGCCCAGUGCUGAGACCGGAGGGGUUGGGGAAAGUAGUGUGAACAGCUCCAUAUCUGUUGAGGAGCCUUAUCUUCCACUUGAGCUGCCCUCCGAUCUUUCUGUACUAACCACACGCAGUCCUACUGUGAACUCCAGUCAGAACCAUACUGCUGGCAACCUCAUCUCGGAUACCUCGGAGCACAACAUGUUGGGCUUGACGUCCGACCCAGAUGCAAUGGGUGGCGAGAAGAGUGGGGGCAAGAAAAGAGCCAGACCAGGAGUGUCAUCCUCGGAGAAUCAACACGAUGUUGCACCUUUGGGAAACAGAGAUACGCAAGUCGCUGAAGGUCACAUGACCCCUGAGCAGUUUAUCCCUAGUCCUGCGAUUGGUCAAGUGGUGGAAACGCCAGUUAACCAGGAUGUUUCGAGGAAUUCUGGCACUCCCGGUUUGCCAAGUUCCCCAUCACUUCCUCUUCAGGGUCAGAAGUUCCUCCCUACCUCAGCCACAGCCGCAGGCAGCCCGAGCCCUGUGCCUGGUCCGGGACCAUCCCAAGUUCAGGUUUCCGCUCCAGCUGUCAUCAAACCGAGCCCUGAUAAACUCAUUGUUGUGAACCAGCAAUUUCAGCCACUUUAUGUCCUCCAGACCGUCCCAAAUGGAGUCACCCAAAAAAUAACAGCCACAGGAGUGAUGGACACUAGCUCUCAAGCAGUGCUGAGCUCCAUGACACUCGCCACAGGCUUGAAUACCGGGCUAUCCACAUCUCAGCCGAUAUUUCCUGCCGGUGGCAAAGUUUUAGGUACGAUGUCUCACUCCCCUCAGAUUCACACGUUCAGAGGGGCGACACAGGCUGGCUUCCAGACAGGAAUUCCAAGCACCACUUCAGGGCUUUUCAUUGGGUUGUCCUCCCAAGCUCACGAGCAGCCUCAGAUUCUGGUCUCCGAGGCGGGCGGACCACGCGACUUGGGACCCAGCGUUGCCAUCGUUUCCAGCGCGUCUUCUCUCACCGCCAUCCCGACUGUGCUCUCCUCUGCCCACGGCAAGAAGAGGCCCAUCUCUCGUCUCCUGCCGAAAAAAAGCAAGAAAUUGGCUCGCUCACAGAGUCAUCCCACUCUGGCCCCUGAUGUUGGCCCUCCGAACAUGACCCUCAUCAACCUGUCGUCCCCUCAAAUCACUGCGAGCAUCCCCGGCCAGCCUGGUGGCGUAGUUGAGUUAAGCACCCUAGCCGGCUCUCAGCGCAAGGUUCCCAAUAUUAUCAAAAAACCAAAAUCCGGUAGUGUCAUGUACUUGGAGCCCACCACACUCAUUCAGCCGAGGAUUCCUGGCCCUGCCCAAGCUGGUGUGCUGGAUUCCUCCACUCACAUCUUACCUUCCGGACUCAACCCCAGUCAGUCAGUUUUAAAUGUUGUUCCUGUGCCCUCUAGGGGUGCUGCCGGCCUUCUGACAUCUGGGUCAAUGUCCCUCUCGACGCCCGUCCUCAGCUCAACGGAAAUCACAAGGCCCAUUAGCAACCUGCUGUUCAAGGCCAGCCCACAUGGGUUGAGCCUGUCCGAUCAGCCAAUGCUCCUUCAGUCGACGGGGGCGACUCCUCUGGUAUCCCAACUCGGCUCCCCUGUGACAUCCAUCGCCAACAGUAUCUGUGUCCUGCCUUCGCAGCAGUCUUUCAGUGUGGCCGUCAAUCAGCAAGGAGAUACAGAAGGCACCACUGUGCACUUGCAUCAGGCUUUUGCCAGAGCUCCGACUGCGGAGUCCGGUUCGAGCACCACAGUUGCAAUUGCGCCAGCCACCCCUUUGAGCCCCACAAAAGGCCGGGUCGUCGGAGUGUUUACUCAGACACAGAGUUCCCUGAACUCCCAGAGCAACAGAACCACCCCCAUAGGCCGAACCUCCGAUCAAAGCCUGCAAAACUCAACUGGUGUGGCAUCCGCCACAAUUACAAUUUCGAGGGCGGAAAAGGGCAAACCCAAAGCCAAAAGGAGCAGGAAGAGCACAGACCUGAGCAAUGGCAAAAAGGUCAGGGUCUCCCAGACUGAGGAACCUCCCAAUAACCCUGUAGGACAAAACCCCUCAAAGUCAAGGACCCCUCAAGAAGAGAGCUAUCCUGUGCCCAUGGACACGGACGAGCGGCCAAAUAAGGCAACAAGCAAGAGUGUCCUUGGCAAAAAUAAGAGUUCAGAAGAUCGUGGUUUCCCUGGAAAGGUUGCGGUGAAAGACACGGGUUCCACUGUCACAAGACCAGGUUGUCUCGCGGUUGCUUUACCACCCAACCAAGAUGGCAGCAGCAAAGACACGGCUUUGGACAGCAAACCCAAGAAGGGCAUCAUCUUUGAGAUUCACAGUGAAGAUGGUUUCCACAUACGCUGUGAAAGUAUUGAAGAUGCCUGGAAGUCCUUGACUGAUAAAGUGCAGGAAGCUCGCUCGAAUGCCAAACUGCAAAAGGUGUCCUUUGAAGGGGUUAAUGGACUCAGGAUGCUGGGAGUGGUUCAUGAAGCUGUGGUGUUCUUGUUAGAGCAGCUGUACGGCUCCAGACACUGUCGGAGUUACCGCUUCCGUUUCCACAAACCCAAGGAAACCGAAGCGCUCCACAUCAACCCCCAUGGCUCAGCUCGCGCGGAGGUCCACCACAGGAGGUCAGUUUUUGACAUGUUCAAUUUCUUGGCCUCAAAACACCGCCAGCCUCCUGAGUACAGGCCACAGCGGGAUGAUGAGGAGGACGGACAGCUCAGGACUGCUAGGCGUGCAUCGAUGGAACUGCCACUUUCUGUAAGAUUCAAACACCUCAAAGCCACCUCCAAGGAAACGAUCGGAGUGUUUCGCUCCCCCAUUCAUGGCCGAGGUCUGUUCUGCAAGAAAGCCAUCGAUGCAGGCGAGAUGGUCAUUGAAUAUUCUGGAAACGUGAUCCGUUCCGUACUCACGGACAAGCGGGAGAAAUACUACGAUGGGAAGGGGAUCGGCUGUUACAUGUUCCGCAUCGAUGACUACGAGGUGGUGGACGCCACCAUGCACGGCAACGCCGCACGCUUCAUCAACCACUCGUGCGAGCCCAACUGCUACUCGCGGGUCGUCACGGCGGACGGCCUGAAGCAUAUCGUCAUCCUGGCCGCCCGCCGCAUUCACCGCGGCGAGGAGCUCACAUAUGACUACAAGUUCCCCGUGGAGGACGCCAGCAACAAGCUGCCAUGCAACUGCGGCGCCAAGAAGUGCCGCAAGUUCCUCAACUGACAAGUUUGUGCCGACUUUUGAACCCAAGUCCGCUCUCGUUCGGACUGAAUAUGCAGAGGAGGAAGGGCCAUAAAAUAGAAAGUGAAAUACUUAGUGCCUCCUUUCGCGUCAUAUGGCUCACCAAGCUUCAACUUUAGCUGACUGGCACUUCCGUUUUAUUAAAAUUUGGAUAAACGCCGAUAAAGAAAUCCUUUUACAUUGGCCAUCCUCGAUCAGUUUAAAGAUUAACGAGACGUUUCAAAGAAGAAGGAAAAAAACAUCAAAGGUUCCGUUUUACACCAAAGUGCAAUUUGUCGAAGGAACAAGAAAUCCGUUUGAAUUAGAUAUUUUUUCUCUGGUGUGAUCAGCUGUUCCUCUGCACAUUUGGCCUGUGUGAAUGUGCCCAUUUGCCUUCAGAGCCAUGGUGACUUGACCUUGCUAAGGGUACAAACCUGCUGACCUGAGAGUGACACAAAUGAGGGGGGGAAAGAGGUUAUUGAUCACACCCGUGCACUUGAUUUGGCCACUGGAGCGUUAUGUUAUUGACUGGCUGGAGCAUCUUGAGAGCGAGAGCGCGAGAGAAAGGCGGAAGAAAGGCAGCUUGAGAUUCUGGUGGACUGACUGCCACGGGCCCCAAGACUCUACUGACAUGCUUUAGUAGACUUAUUUAUCAAAUUUUGUUUCUUUUUUUUUUUUUUUUAAAGGGCGGGUGGGGGGUGUCUUACCUUGUUGAUGUGAUCCAUUGAAAGCAGUGGAUUCUCAAGUGCACCAUCGUUGUUCGCUCGUCUUUUGUUUUUAAGGAUUCCGUUUGGACUCACUGUUCCAAAUGACAGCAGCAAAGAGAACCAAACCAAAAAAAAAAAUGGCGCCCUGGAAUUAAUUAAUAUUUUCGCACCGCCUCUUAUGAUAACCAUUGUUGUUCUUAUCAAUUUAAGUCUUGUCUUUAUUCUGUCUUUUUUUUUUUGAUGAGAAAAGGCUUAAAAAAUGUAAAUAAUGUAUAUUUUUCUACGGCAACUACAAAAAAAAAGACUUAAAAAGCACUCACUAGUGAAUAGCACUUAAUGAUGGUAUUUAUAUUUUUUUAAAAAGUCAUAUUUAUUUUAAUGCCAUUUUUUUGUAGGAAAUAGAGGUUUACAAACACUAAAGCGCUCUCUAUGUUUUGUACGCCACAGCCUAUGUAAAAAAAUUGUUCGUUUGAGUUUUGUUGUUGUUGUUGUUUUGUUGUUUUUUUUCAAAAUGAUUUUGUAGGUCUGAAUGUUUUGUUUGAUUCCAAAGACUGACGCUGGUCUGCGGUUUGGUCCACUUGGCUUCAGUCCACCAGGAGCUUGCCACCUGGGCCUUUUGGUCAAAGCUCAUUUCUUUUUCUUGUCGUCGUCGUCGUCGUUAUAAUUGGAGUUGACAGUGUGGCUCGUGAACUACUUUUAUUAUGCACUUGGGAGAGUUUAGAUGGUUGAUUCUUACCUGAUAUCUCCUCUCUCCGGCCUUAUUGUCUCCUCACCACAUCACAAACACACAGAGAAGAAAAGUAGGGACCAGAAAGUCAUAUCAAUAAGUACACAUCAACAAAAAUCUGACAAAGGUUAGUCAAAAUCUCUUUUUAAAAAAAUAUAUAUAAUUAAAUACAGUUUACAGGGAGGUGCCUUGAUUCUGAUGCGCUACACAGCCAGUGAGUACUAAAGCCCACAUCUUACUGAGCGGCCAAGGUUUGCAAGUGUGUGUACACACAGCGAAUGUUUGUUGUUGUUUAUUCGACCGUGUUUGUCAAAUGUUACAAAGAAAGACGUUUAAAGUUGAUGGCAAUAAGAAAAAUUGUUUGCAACCAUUAAAAUGGUUUGGGAAUGUCUGGCGAAUGUCUUUGCACCUGUUUGCAACUUUCAAAACCUUCUUGGCUCAGUGAGAUACGCAUCAUUAGAACUGCACUGAAAAGGAAGGAAAAAAAGUUAUACAUUAUUAAAUUAAAAAGUCGUAAUGUCGUGAUAAGAGUAAUUUUACGAGAGAAAUGUAAAAUGUCGGACAUUUGCAAUUAAAAAAAUGUAGUGAGAAAAAGAAUAAAGUCGAAGUUUUAAUACAGCCAUCGUUUUAUGAAAAUUAAGUUAUAAUACCUUGAAAAAAGUUAUAAUGUUAAGAGAAUUAUCAAAAUCAUGUAAUUGAAAAAAAAUAAGGUUUCAAAAAUAAAGCUGAGAGGCUGGAAGAAUAGUUAUCAUGUUUUGACAGAAUAAUCUUAAAAAUAUACUGUACAUUUUCUCAAAAUGUGUUUUUAAAAUCCCCAAAAUACAUUGUCUUCUCACAAUAUUCCAAUUUUCAUUUUAAAAAUAUACAACUUUUUAUCACAGAUAUACAAGUUGUUUUUUCCUUGGCAAAAUACAAUUUUGUUCUUGUGCAUGGCACCUUAAUAGAACUCUCUAAAUUGUCCUGAGGUGUGAUUGUCAGCACAAAAGGUUAUUUGUCAAUGUUUGCUGGCAACCACUUCUGGGUGUACCCCGCCUACUGCCCAUAAACAGCUCGGAGAGACUCCAACCAGCCCGUGACCCUCGUGAGGAUAAGCGGAAUAGAAAACGGACCGAUGGAUGGGUGGAUAUUACGACCAUAAAUUAAAAAAUACGAUAACAAUAAAAAACUUUGGGCUUGGCAAAAUUGAUCAUUUAUUUUAUUUUCCGAAAACAACUUAGGCAACAUUCCUCUUAAGCCAACAAUAGAUAUGAGACUUUAUUCUUUGAGAAUGACUUUUUCCUUCUUUUCAGUGUGGGCGCCAAUACUCCUAGAGCGCUACCAUGUCAUGUGAUCAGUGCUCAACCGUUUUAGGACGUAACAAAAUCAACCCCCUUUUUUUUUUCCUGCCGUUUAUGCUGACAUCGUUUGCGGUGACUCCCACGCCAUUCCCUUCAACCCUCACCUUUUGUUGAAAACCCUCACGCCCAUACAUUGCGCUUGAUCCCAUGUCAUGGGGGCACAAUAGUCCCCGAGCGGGAGAAGGGGACCCGUGAGGCUCUUACCAAGUGCACUUGACUGUCACUGGGCACCAAAAUGAUGUGGGCCUAAACUCCUACCCUGACGGUGAGGUUGUACGAAUAGGCCCACCAUCCCCCUCCAUUUGCCAACAGGGGGGUUGGGGGGGGGGGGCUGGCUGGGUUGUGCUGCUACAAUGAAUGUAAACUCAAUUCCUCCACGUUCCUCGAUUUGCGAGCGUGGAUGUUCUUUCUCCGUUGCUGCGCCCACAGACCCGAUGGAACGUCGGGGCUGCAGGGGGGCGCGGCUUCACACACGAGCAUCGGCGCAAAUGUCCGCCGGUUCUCAAGGGCUUUGUCUACAAAUCCCAAUCUUUGGGUGAAAGGCUCCUUGGACUUCAUUUCCUCUUAGAGGUAGGGGUCACACCAGUGGCCCCUCCCCUCUCUCCAUCUGUAAUUAUAAUAUAAAUACAUAACGAUGUUAUACAGACCCAAUCAUAGUCUUGUACGUUAGUAUCUAUACAAUAUAUGGAAUGGACAGACAAACUUAGUUACAGUAGCAAAAACAGCCAAUUUAUACUAGCAAUGUUUCAAUGUACUCUAUAAUGGUUUUGUGUUACAGUACUAUCAGAUGAAACUAACGCGCAUCAUUUCUUUUUUCGUAUAAUGGAUAUCCAGUACCAGUUUUUGCUGUGCCUGCGAUCGCCCCUCGGCCAAGAAAGGGGCGGCGCAGUUUUUUUCAUUCUUUCUUUUCCCGCAACGGAGGAGUUUUAUGUGAUCUGUAAGUGUAUUCAUGUGCUUGUGAAUUUCUUGAGGUCAUUUCUUUUUCCUCCCCUUCCCCAAUUGAAUGUUAAAACAGGGACUUUUACGUGAUGUGGUAAUGAUUUAUGUUAGAUUUUUUUUUUUUUAAUAUCCCACCAAAAUGGCGAUUUUCAAGUCCUCUGAAGCUUUGGUUGUACUUUUGUACUUUUUUUUGUUUAAUAGUCAUAAUGCUGAACAUUUAUUUAUUUUGUGCAACAUCCACAAAGGAGUACUUGGAGUUUUUAGAGAGGUCGAACAAGUCAGUGUUUUUUUUUUUUUGUUUGUUUUUUUGUUGCGUGUCUGUGUAUGAUUGUUUCUGGUGUUGAACUCAUCAGCCUUGUUGGAUGGAAUGUGGUGUUACUGUGGGAGCGGAUGAAAGAGAGUGGAGGGGGAGAAACCAUGAACAGGCUCUAUCUAUGAAUGCCUUCAAUAUGUGAUUUUUGUCGUAUCGAUAAUCCUCCUGUCACCACCCCCAUCAUCAUUAUCAUCGUAAUAAACGGAUUCUUAACAGUGUUCUCUCCCAGCAAAUGAAGGAAAACCACCCCCGUCAAUAAGAAAAUAAACCACAAAGCUAUACUCGGUUGAAUGUAUAAUGAGGAAACAAAGCUGUACAUAAUGUGUAAAAAGAAAAGUUUCUAAUCAUGUUUAUUUUCUAUGCACCUUUUUUAUUUAAGUGAUAGUUUCAAUAAUAAACAUGUCUCCUUUA